UUUCUGCUUUGUUGUAGCUUUGAGCAUCCUUCAGAUCAGCAGUGUCAUUAUUAGAUUUUUCUAAUAAUCGGUCGCGCCCGCCGCCACCCUGAAGUUCAUUGUGAUCAUCUUGGCCGCCGGGAUGGUGGCCUUCAUCGGAGCGGUUAUCUGCAUCAUCGCGGCUGUCCACACCGGAUCCUCCAGGGCCACCGCGGCGCAGCGGCAGCCGGCCACCGACAACCACUCGCUGUACCCGGACGGCGCGGCGCAGCCCGCCGCCGCCGGGGGCUCCAUCGCCCGCGCCGGCUCCCUGGGCGCUCUCCAUGGUUCUGAAACGCCCGAAUCCGAAGCGCCCACUUUCAACAUCGGGCUGAGCGGGCUGGACGGAGUCACCGGGCUCACCGGGCACGACCCGACGGUCAGCCGCCUCAUCUGCACCCCGAUCCCCGCCGGGGAGUGCAACCCCAAAAACUUUCAGCAACAAGCGGACGACCCGUCGCUGUACGCGGGGGAGGACUGGGGCUACCUCCGCACCAAAGCCGAGGAGCUGCGGCAGACCGUGCUGCAGCAGAAGGACCAGAUACAGACGGACCAGAGGACCAUCCGGGAGCUGACGGGGAAACUCUCCGAGUGUGAGAAGGGGCAGGACGGCCGGAGCGGCGGCGCGGACCGACGCAGGAGCGCCGCGGGGCUGCGCGGGGCCAAAAGCGCAGCGGCGGCGGCGGCGGAGGAAGAGGAGGCGGAGGCGCGCCUGGAGCGCAUCAUGGUGCGGGACAGCCCCGCUUCCGCGCACGACGCCGGCCACUUACUCACUGUCAGAGCCGUGGACGAGCUGGAGCAGGCUAUCACUCAGCUCAAAGACCGCAUUGAGAAGCUGGAGUCAGACAUUGGCCCAUUUCCGCACAACCAGACGGACAGCAACACCUCCGGACUGCCAGAGGAAGGCGGGAUGUCUGGCGGCCCUGUGAGGUUGGCCGGUCCUGGCCUCAGAGCCGGUGCCGACAGACCCUGGAGGAUGGAGGACUUGGAGGGGGAGCUGGAGAGGAAGGUCGAGCUGCUGGAGAAAGAGAGAAAAGCCCUGAGGCUGGAGACAGAGAAGCACAGGCAGGAAAUCGACCAGGGCAUCAAUAAAUUACGCCACCGGAUCUCAGGGCUGGAGGAAGGUAUUUCAGGUCAUUCCUUCCCAGAAGGCUACAGACUGUCCUUUCCGACACGAACGCACCACAUGUACGCUGUGGUAAAACACCCCAUCCCAAAGCUGCGAGCCUUCACCGUCUGCCUGUGGCUCCGGCCCGCCGAGGGGGGCAUCGGGACUCCUCUCUCUUACGGCGUUGCCGAACAGCCAAACGAACUGGUGCUCCUGCAGGGCCUGCGUACUCCGGCUGAGCUGCUCAUCAACGACAAGGUGGCACAGUUGCCUCUGAACCUCUCCAGGGGCAGCUGGCAGCACAUCUGCGUGAGCUGGACCCAGAAGGGGGGCGCGUGGCAGGCCUACCAGGGGGGCAAACUGCGGGGCGAGGGCCACGGGCUGGCCGCCAGGCAUCACAUCAGGCCGGGAGGAGUGCUCAUACUCGGGCAGGAGCAGGAUUCCCUGGGCGGAGGCUUUGACUCAUCCCAGGCUUUGGUCGGAGAGCUUUCCCAGGUGGGCGUGUGGGACCGGGUCCUGACCUCCAGCCAGGUGGCCAGCUUGGCUCGCUGCGGCAGGGUCACCCAGGGCAACGUGGCGCCCUGGACGGAGGGCGGAGUGGAGGUGCACGGCGGAGCAACCAAAGACCCCGGAGAGCCGUGCAGUAAACACGGCAGGAGCUCUCAGUGACUGGCGACCCG